AUGGCCAAGGAACGAUGCCUUAGAAAGGCUUUUCAGGAUAGUCUGGAGGACAUAAAGAAACGAAUGAAAGAGAAGAGGAACAAGAACUUGACGGAGCUUGGCAAGCGCAAGUCACUUGUAGCACCUCCGAGCCAGAUGACCAGCAACACUUCCACACUGCUGCGAAAUUACCAGGACAACAACAGAAUGUUAGUGCUGGCUCUAGAGGAAGAGAAGGCCAAAGUGAGAGAAGCCCAGGAGGUCAUCCUCCAGCUGAGAAAAGAAUGUUACUACCUGGCCUGUCAGCUCUACGCCUUACAACGAAAAUUUACCCUACAACACACAGACGAACCUUGUGAGAACCAGGAGGGGUGUCCCUCUGGAGGGGACUGUGAUGGUGACGACGGAUCCAGGGUCGCGUCUGUGAAGAAUUCACCGCAGAUUCCUCCUCUGGAAGGUGACUUCCCAGGACUGUUUGAAUCAUUGCAAACAGAAGGUGCGCCCCUUAAAAGUCAGAAGCCGCCUCCACGUACCCUGGUGGACAUCACCAAUGUUGCCCUCACUUCUAAAACUAAAACUAGGACACCUUCUCGGUCUCCAAAGAGGAGGAGAGACAGCCCGGCCCCCGCCCUUCCCAAACGGAGGUGCACCAUCAGCAUCGACUACAGGGAACCCACACUCUCCUCGAAGCUAAGAAGAGGUGACCGUUUUACCGAUUCAUGUUUCUUGAAUUCUCCGAUUUUCAAGCAAAAAAAGGACUCCCGACGAAGUUCUAAGAAAAGAAGUCUUACGAAUAAAAAAUCAUGA